UAAUUGGGUCAUGACAGAAUGAAUUCAACUUUCGGCGAGGUUUUCAUGUUUUUAACAAAUUUAGCUUGGAAGAGUCGCCUAGCUAUACCGGUACUAGUAACAACGGCGUUUCUCAUCAUGGAUAUUAGAUUACAAAUUGAAAUUAAUUUACAAUUUGGGCAAGCGGCGGCUGCAGAUUUAGAUCAAUUAGCUGAUAAUUCGGACGACGACGACGACGAUAAUACGAAUGGCGAUGUCGAUUAUGAAGAAUAUACGACUGAUUCGCAGGAUGAAGAUGAAAACGAAUAUACUUGUUUAAUUAAUUCGUCGCUAACAGCAGAUGGCGUUAGAAUGCCUAAAUCUGUGAACAGUAAGGUAAUGUAAGCCGGUGGAGUAUAAUCGACGGAUGGGUGCACUUUAGAAACGUCAUUUAUAUCUUUGCGAGCAUACUAAGGUGUUAGUAAGGAUUAAAAAGAGAUAAAUUUUCGAGUUUAGAAUUUUAAUGUCCAUAGGAAUUGAUUAGUUGCCUUGUAUUCUUCUGGCAAAUCGCUUUGAUUAAGUGGAUGAAGUCGUGUAAAUUCAAAACUUUCCGCCAAAACAUAAAAAGGCUUCUUCAUUUCACGUGCGCAUAAAGCCAUAGUAAAAGUGCCCAAAGCGAUUAACAAUUCCACCACUUUGGACUACAGCUUCGUCUCCCUCCAUCACAAAGUCAACAGAUUCCAUAACAUAACCUAGUGCUUCGUCCAGGAUGAGUGUACAGUCAAUCGCCGCGGAUUCCAUUUCACUCAUCAUUUGUUCCCUGUUUGAAAAUUUUUUACAUUUCAAUUAUUUGCAAUAAAAUUCCCACACCAACCCCAUCUUAUCGGGACCAUCUUGUGUUAUGUAAACAUGGAAUUGCUUAUUUGCUUUAGCUGCUGUUAAUAAGGCUUUUUAAACUA